AUGUCCACCCUUGAAAAGGUCGAGGACGAUUUUGAACUGCUGACGUCCGAUAGGCGCCAUAUUGAUCUCUACAGGGAUACUCCGAUAAGGUAUUUAGGCUAUGCCAAUGAAAUUGGAGAGUCAUUCCGGUCGAUGCUUCCAGUAACUGCAGUAAGGGCAACGUACGUAGUAGCUUUAGGAUAUGCUUCUGCUGAUGCUCUCGAUAAAAGCCAGAAAGCAUACAAAUUAUACAAGAACAAUCCUCAAAAGCGACGCACGCAAGUGGCGAUCGCCGCAGCAGACACAUUUUUGUGGCAGUCCCUUGCCUCUGUUGCUAUUCCUGGCUUCACAAUCAAUCGGAUCUGUCAUUUUUCUGCUGCUAUUCUUAGAAGGGUGAGUCGAUGGUCACCUCCUAUGCAGAAAUGGGUAGUGACUGCGAUCGGCCUCUCAAGUAUCCCGUUCAUUAUCCAUCCAAUUGAUUCUGCUGUCGAACUUGGAAUGAACAAAACAAUACGUCAACUUUACAAGGAUGAUGGUCAAACCUAA